AUGAACCUCUCAACUGAUCAGCUGUAUGAUUCCACCGAAGCAGCAGAAGAAAUAGAAGUUCUCUCUGCUAUAUAUGAAGAAGAAUUCUUUAUCUUGGAGCCUGAGAACAAAGUCUACGAGAUAAGGAUCCAAUCAAAAAUGGGUGGUACUACUAACAAUGAACAAUUUAUCCUUAAAUUCCAGCAAGUCCCCGGCUAUCCUUCGACCAAUCCAGUAAAAUAUGAAUUGCAUGCUCCUUGGCUUAAGUAUGAUAUUUUCAGUGAACUCGAAAAACAACUGCAGCUUGUAGUCUCAUCUUCACUUGGUUCCACAGUUGUUUAUACGUUGGUUGAGACUAUUCGAUCAUUCAUGUGUGAUUAUUUGCCUUCGAGUACUGAAAAUUCAACCAUUCAUAAAGUCAAAUCAUCAUCACAGUCUGUGUCGGAAAAUCACGAAAAAUCAAGUGCGGUUGUAUCGGUGCCUUCAGUGAAAUCUCAUCUUGACAUAUCUCCCCAGAUUUUGCCAUUUGCUUUAAACUCAAAAGUACCAGAGAUUUAUCAUGGUGAACCGCUUUUAGAUCGUAAAAGUAUUUUCCAGGCUCACUGUGCACGUAUUUCGACCCGUGGUGAAGUAUCCCUUUUCAUAUCAACACUACUUAUGGACAGAAAAGUUGCUACAGCUACUCAUAAUAUCUUAGCUUGGCGUAUCUCCUCCAAAGAAGCUGAUUGUGACGAUGAUGGGGAAACACAUGCAGGUGGUCGACUAUUACAUUUGCUUACAUUAUCAGGAAUUGAAAAUGUAGCGGUUAUGGUAAGUCGAUGGUUUGGUGGUAUCCAACUUGGACCUGAUCGAUUCAAACAUAUCAACAAUGUUGCUCGCCUUCUCUUAAUUGAACAUAAAUUCUUAUCGAAUGCCAAUGAUGAUAAUGGUACAGGAUAUCAGAAAAAACAUAAACAUGAUAAAAAGAAAAAGAAAUGA